GCAAAAACAAAGUUUGGAAUUUUACAUAGGCCCUUCUCAGGCUUCCAUUUUCAUCACUUUCCAUCACUCUGUGCCAAUUGCCAACUGCAAUGCACAAUCCCAACGCACGCUUUCUUACAUAUACUAUGAUGUAAAUGUGGCCUUAUAAAGUAGCCAUAUGCUCCAAAUUUUUGUUUUUUAUGUCAUUCCUUUGCCCAUGUAAAUGGAACAAGUCCGAAUCCCACACGCAAAACACAAGAAACAGAGAAAACAAAACUAGUCGUUUUCAAGUUUGGUGCUGUGUUGUAAUUACUUUUGUUGUUGUGUGUUAUAAGCAAGACACUGGGUGGCAUAGAGUUGCAAAGCUGCAGUGUUGUGUGAGUAGUGCAAAUGAAGAAACAGUGUUGUGAAGAAUCAGAGGCAACUGUUGGAUCCUGGGAAUGUUGGUUCGAUGAUGCAUGCAUCGUUGACAUGGAUUACUUUGUGAAGACCCUUUCAAGCAUCAAACAGAAGGGUAUUCGUGCAGACUUGAUUGGUUCCAUCAUCACUCAUUAUGCUUCUAUUUGGCUCCCUGAUCUCUCUGCCUCUUCUGAGAAUGGUGUCACCACUCAUUUUCAAUCCCCCGAAAGCGUCACGAAUUCAUGGAUGAAGAAAAGAUUCUUUGUGGAGACCUUGGUGAAUGUUCUGCCUCCUGAGAAGGAUUCUGUCCCAUGCAACUUCCUCCUUCGUCUUCUCAGAACCGCCAACAUGGUUCGGGUUGAUGCCACUUACAGAGCUGAGAUUGAGAACCGCAUUUCCUCGCAGCUAGAUCAAGCUUCUCUGAAAGAGCUCAUGAUACCCUCCUUCAGCCACACGUGUGGAACUCUCUUGGAUGUUGAGCUUGUCCUGAGGUUGGUUAAGAGGUUUAUGAGUAUGGACCGUGAUGGUGCUGCUUUGGUUAAGGUUGCCAAGUUGGUUGAUUGCUACCUCGCUGAGGCUGCUGUGGAUGCUAAUUUGUCCUUGUCUGAGUUCCAUGCACUUGCUGGAGUUCUUCCAAGCCAUGCCAGAGCCACGGAUGAUGGCUUGUACCGAGCCAUUGACACUUACCUUAAAGCACAUCCAGGUGUGUCAAAGCAAGAAAGGAAGGGUCUGUGCAGAGUGGUUGAUAGCAGAAAACUGACACCAGAGGCCUCACUUCAUGCAGCUCAAAAUGAAAGGUUGCCUGUGAGAGCAGUGAUUCAGGUGCUGUUCUCUGAACAAGCCAAACUCAACCGCCAAGUAGAUUGGAGUGGCUCCUUCAGCUUGAGGAGUCCAAAUGGAGGCCUUGACCCACCUGGAAGGUGCCUUUCAAAGCGAGAAAUGAAUGCUCAGCAAGUGGAGAUAAGGAAGCUGAAGGAAGAUGUUUGCAGGCUGCAAAACCAGCUGAAUGCCAUGAAAGUGCAGAUGGAGAGGUUGGUUGUGAAGAAGAAGGGCUUGUUCAAAUGGAAGAUGCUUGGAAUGCCUACAUUUGGUAGAAAUGUGGGAGGGGUGGAGAGAAUAGAACAAGAGGAGGAGGAAGCUGAAAGAGAAACUGGGUUUGGAAGGCAAACGCCAAUGGACAUGAAAACCAGUUUGGUCAAAAGUAAGAUUCCCCAGAAGUGGAGGAAAUCUAUGUCCUGAAACAUUGGUUUUUGAACAAAAAUAUAUGAUUCAUAUAGUCUCUGUUAAUUUGUUAUAGUAUACAAGUUCGUUUUUUUUGUGUUAGACCUGAGAAAUAAUGCGAGAUAUAACUCUGGUAUUUGGAAUAAAAUUCAAUUCGAUGU